UUCAUCUAACUCUGAGCUCCAAAACUAAUCCAGAUGGUUAGCUUAGCUUAGCUUCACACAAAGACCGGAAACAAAGGGAAACAGCUAUGGUAAAAAUCCACCUGCCCGCACCUCCGUUUGAAACUUCAACUUGUCUUGCUCAACACAUUUUAAUGGAGAUAACAAACCAGACUAAGCGUGUUGCUUUGUGUACUUUUAAUGUGCAGGUAGAUUGAGCAUAUUGUGCUAUUUCUUUAAAUAGGAAGGUACUUUGUGAGUGUGUGUGUGUGUGUGUGUGUGUGUGUGUCAUUGUCUCUAACCCCCACUUGUCACAGCGUCUUACACUGCUGUCAGAUCAUCUUUGACUCUGAGGCCACCACAUUGCUCUACUUAGCGGUGCAGCAGUGAAACUUCUUUCCGACCGUCUACAUCCAGGCAGGACUCCCAUUCAAGAUCCACCUCGUCUCUCCCAGGUUUCACCAUGUCACAGGACCCGGCGGCUGAGCUGCCAUUUUUCUACGGCAGCAUCAGUCGCUCUGAUGCCGAGCAGCACCUGAAGCUGGCUGGAAUGGCCGACGGGCUCUUCUUGCUGCGGCAGUGCAUCCGCAGUCUGGGCGGCUACGUUCUGUCUGUCGUGUGGAACCUGGAGUUUCACCAUUACUCCGUAGAGAAGCAGCUCAACGGGACUUACUGCAUCGCAGGAGGGAAGCCUCACUGUGGGCCAGCAGAGCUCUGCGAGUUUUACAGCAAAGACCCUGACGGGCUGGUGUGCACCCUUAGGAAGCCCUGCCUGCGCUCCCCGGAUACGCCAAUACGACCCGGCGUGUUCGACAAACUGAGAGACAAAAUGCUGAGGGAGUACGUGAGGCAGACCUGGAACCUGGAGGGAGAAGCCAUGGAGCAGGCCGUCAUCAGUCAAGCUGGUCAGCUGGAGAAGCUGAUUGCCACUACAGCCCAUGAAAAGAUGCCCUGGUAUCAUGGUAACAUCCCCCGAAUGGAAGGUGAGAGGCGACUUUACUCUGGAGUGCAACCAGACGGCAAGUUCCUGGUGAGAGACAGACAGGAGGCGGGUACUUUUGCUCUGUCCAUGAUGUAUGGGAAAACAGUCUACCACUAUCAGAUCCUCCAAGACAAAUCGGGGAAGUACUCCAUGCCGGAGGGAACCAAGUUCGACACAAUCUGGCAGCUGGUUGAGUACCUGAAGAUGAAACCUGACGGCCUGGUGACGGUUCUCGGGGAGGCGUGUGUUAAUGGCAAAGCUGAAGAAAAACCCAGUCUUCCUGCAAAUAGAGAGAGACGGCAUGCUGCAAAUGGAUACACACCGCCACCAACAGCUCUUAACAUGGUAGCGAGGCCGGUUACCCCUGUGGUUCCAGAAAGUGAUGCUGAAAGCCCGUACCACAACCCGAAUGAAGUGAGGAAGUUUAACAUUCAGAGGAAUCAGCUGCUGAUGGAUGAAGUGGAGCUCGGCUCUGGCAACUUUGGCUCCGUCAAGAAAGGAACGCUCAGGACUGAAUCGGGCCAGAUCGAUGUGGCCAUCAAAGUGCUGAAGAGUGAGAAUGAGAAGCUGGUGAAGGAGGAGAUGAUGAGGGAGGCAGAGAUCAUGCACCAGCUGAACAACCGCUACAUCGUUCGCAUGCUGGGUCUGUGCAACGCUGAGAACCUGAUGCUGGUCAUGGAGAUGGCCUCGGCCGGACCGCUCCACAAAUUCCUCUCCAGCAAUAAGGAUACUGUAAGUGUAGAGGACAUUGUCAACCUGAUGCACCAGGUGUCGAUGGGAAUGAAGUACCUGGAGGAGAAGAAUUUUGUGCACAGAGACUUAGCGGCUCGUAACGUCCUGCUGGUCAACAAAACGUUUGCCAAAAUCAGUGACUUUGGGCUCUCCAAGGCCCUGGGAGCAGAUGACAGCUAUUACAAGGCUCGUACUGCAGGUAAAUGGCCUCUGAAGUGGUACGCUCCAGAAUGUAUAAAUUUCCACAAAUUCUCCAGUAAAAGUGACGUGUGGAGUUUCGGUGUCACAAUGUGGGAGGCCUUUUCCUACGGAGGAAAACCUUACAAGAAAAUGAAAGGACCAGAGGUUAGGGGCUUCAUUGAAAGUGGGAACCGCAUGGAGAGUCCACCAGCAUGUCCAGAGCCAAUGUAUGCACUGAUGAAAGAAUGCUGGACGUACAAGCAUGAGGAGCGUCCGGACUUCAAGAAGGUGGAGGAGUCCAUGAGCUCUUACUAUAACUCCAUAUCGAACAAGGCCAAUCCUGAGGGAGCUGCAGCCGCUGCUAAGCCUGUCAAGUAGACAGAAACAAGGCACAUUCUGUCCCAGUGUUGCACAAAGCAUCCUUUCAACUGGCCAUUAAACAACCAAAACAAAGAGCUUUUUAUGAACGGUGCACACUGACCAGCUUCGACUACAGUAGCGAUACAGCUAAACAGGCCCCAGUGACAAUAAAUGUGCAUUUGCAAAUUGGACUUCAGUGUGUCAGCCAUGUAAGGAGGACCUCUGUCCGUCUGUCUCUGUCUGUCUGUCAUGGUUUGAAUGUUAAAUGUUAAUAUCUUUACAUUGAUGACAACUUAAUUUCAUCUUCUGGUAUUUUUGAGUACAAUAUAAUGACAUGUACAACUUGUUUUUUCACCGCAUCUGCCAUCACCUGUGAACAGUUUAUUGAUGUUUUUAUUCCCUUGAUAUUUUAUUAUUUUAUUAUUUUUCAUUCCUACUAUAAUCAAACUGUACACUUUAAUGUUACUUUCACUUAAUUCCUGUAAAGUCAAGGAUUAAAAUGUAAGGCUUCAACUAUUUCUGUUCACUGAUCACUCAUUCUGUGUUAUGAAUCUCUCUGAAAAGUUCAUAAUCAUAAAAGCAUAAUUUCUA